AGCCAUAUUAACACACACAAACCAAAGUCUCGUUAGCUUUGAGCCCCAAAGUGAAAAUGAGUAGUCCUAAAUCAGCCACACUGAUCUUCUUAGUAUCAAUGGGUAUCGCAUCUUGCGCCAUGGCCAUGGAUAUGUCCGUCGUUUCCUACGAUGACAACCACCAUGUAAUUGGUGGUCCCGGCCGCCGCAACAGCGGUUUUGAUGCGGAGGCAUCGUUGAUAUUCGAGUCAUGGAUGGUUGAGCAAGGGAAGGUGUACGAGUCCGUCGCCGAGAAGGAACGGCGUUUAACUAUUUUCGAGGACAACCUUCGUUUCAUCACUAACCGAAACGCUGAAAACCUUGGUUAUCGGCUUGGUUUGACCCGGUUUGCAGAUUUGUCGCUCCAUGAAUACGGACAAAUUUGCCAUGGGGCUGAUCCGAGACCACCUAAGGACCAUGUUUUCAUGACUAGCAGCAACCGAUACAAGACUAGUGCUGGUGAUGUGCUUCCUAAGUCUGUUGACUGGAGGAAGGAAGGUGCAGUUACUAAAGUCAAAGAUCAAGGCCAUUGCAGGAGUUGUUGGGCUUUCUCGACGGUGGGGGCAGUGGAAGGCUUAAACAAGAUCGUGACAGGACAGUUAGUCACUUUGUCCGAGCAAGAUUUGAUCAAUUGUAACAAAGAAAAUAAUGGCUGCGAAGGAGGUAAAGUUGAAACUGCCUAUGAGUACAUAGUUACCAAUGGUGGUCUUGGUACAAACAACGAUUAUCCUUACAAGGCUGUUAAUGGGGUCUGCGACGCCGGCCUCAAGGAAAACAACAAGAAUGUUAUGAUUGAUGGGUAUGAGAGUUUGCCUUCCAACGACGAGCUUUCUCUAAUGAAAGCGGUUGCUCACCAGCCUGUAACAGCCGUUAUCGAUUCAAGCAGCAGGGAAUUUCAGCUUUAUGAAUCAGGAAUUUUUGAUGGAACGUGCGGAACAAACCUAAACCAUGGAGUUGUUGUGGUUGGGUAUGGAACCGAGAAUGGUCGUGACUAUUGGAUCGUGCGAAACUCAUGGGGAAACACUUGGGGAGAAGCUGGCUACAUGAAGAUGGCUCGCAACAUUGCAAAUCCAAGAGGAUUAUGUGGUAUCGCGAUGCGAGCUGCAUACCCCCUCAAGAACUCGGUGUCUGACGAUAUAAGGUCCAUGGCCUAAUAAUGUGAAUGUGAACUAAAUGUAUGUGUUAUGCGAGGGUUCGAGUGAGCGAAAAACCUAUUCGACUUUGAAGCAGAAAUAAUGUAGUCAAUGGGAUGGGUGUUAUUUUGUAAUAUAUUUUGUAACUGUUGAUUUGGAGUGUUGUAAUAUUUAUGAAUAUUUCGUUUGGGAUGAA